UCAUAUAGAAUACCUCAUUUAUCAAAACAUCUGUGAAUUAUCGUGUUCUCUUCCGUUCAUUGUCAGUUGAUAUUUGAAACUAAAAGCUGUAUGAAUCGAAGCAGUUCAUUCAAAAAUGGAGCCAACGAAAAAAAAUAUUUUAUUUGCAACGAUAGGCAUUGUCAUAUUGGCUUUUAUAAUUCAGUUACUCUAUCAAAAGGGAGAUCACAGUCUUCCAGAUCAUAUCGAUUCAAUAGAUAGACCAGAAAGCGUUUCAAAAAAAGAUCUAAAAGAAGAGUCAAGCGUACCAGAAUUAAAAGGCAAUGGUCUAGAUGGAAUGCCAGGCCAAAUUGAGGAAGAAGAUGAACCGGAUCCCGAGUUUCCAGAGCCACCAUCAUUUUCGAGAUUGCAGCUCUUCAAAAAGUAUGCUGUAUGUGCUGAUUCGACAGAAUGCAGUCUAGUUGGCAGUGAGAUUAUUGACCAAGGUGGAAAUGUUAUUGAUUCAGCAAUAGCCACAAUGCUUUGCAAUUCCCUUGUAACACCACAAAGUAUGGGACUCGGCGGUGGAUUCAUUAUAAAUAUUUAUAAAGAUAAAAAAUUCUACACACUAAAUGCAAAAGAAGUUGCACCACUGGCUGCAACUCCAGAUAUGUUCAAGACACGAGAUGAGUACCAGCUCGGAGCUCUUUCGAUUGCAGUGCCUGGAGAAGUGAAGGGCUAUUCGGAGUUGUACAAGCGAUUCGGUUCAUUGCCAUGGAAAUCGUUGGUGGAACCAACCAUCAAAAUUUGCGAAGACGGUUUUAUCCUUACAGAACAUAUGUUUGAUUCGAUUGAACCAUAUCACUAUGAUGAUCCACAUAUGCGGAAAACAUUUUUCAUAAAUGGGCGGAAUGAAACACGGCAGCCGGGAGAUUUGAUAAAAAUGCCAGCCGAAUUAUGUCAUACUUAUAGAUUAAUCGCCGACUAUGGCGGUGACGAUUUUUAUAAUGGAACACUGGCUGACCUUAUACUCGAUGAUCUUAAAGAAAUUGGCAGUAUUAUCAAAAAAGAGGACCUUCAAUUGUAUAAACCACGUUGGGAGGAGACUUUAUCGGUGCCUAUUAGAGGCAGCAGCAUUAAUGUGAUACCUUCAGCUGGUGGUCCUCUUGUGGCAUUCAUUUUGAAUGUUUUGAGCGGAUACAAUAUGAACAAAACAUCAAUCGAGACAGAAGAUGAACAAAUUCAAACGUAUCAUCGUUUUAUUGAAUCUUUUAAAUACGCGUUUGGCCUCCGAACUCAUUUAAAGGAAUCAGGCAUACCAUCAUCGUUAAUUGAAGAGAUGCUGACGCCUGAAUUCGGUGAAAAAAUCCGUGCGAGAAUCAAUGAGGAUAAAACGUUCAAUGAUCCCGAACAUUAUUUCGGUAAUUUUAUAACUGUUGAUCACGGGACAGGACAUACUUCGAUUUUGGCCCCGAACGGUGACGCUGUUUCGGUGACAUCAUCGACUAAUUUGUAUUUUGGAAUUGGAAAAACUGGCAAACGAACCGGUUUUAUUUUCAACAAUGGACUGAACGAUUUCGCUGUAACGAAUAUGCCGAACUAUGAAGAGACUCAACCAUCGCCAAACAAUUUUAUCGAGCCCCACAUACCACACCAGCGUGCAAUCUCGUCAUUUAGUCCGACCAUUGUAACUGAUGCAAAUGGUGAUGUUCAAUUAGUCAUUGGGUCCUCUGGUGGCCCCAAAAUUAUAACAGCUACUGCAAUGAUAAUUGCCAGAGUACUUUGGUUCAAUCAAACUAUAAAAGAGGCGAUCGAUGAGGCUCGAAUUCAUCAUCAGCUAUUGCCAAUGCACAUUGAGUAUCAGCAUGGAAAUACAAAGAAAGUAGUAGCCGGUCUCCAAGAUUUGGGCCAUAAAAUGAAAGUUUAUUACUACCGUGGCUCGGUCGUUCGUGCCAUUGAGAAAAAUCAGUAUGGAAUCCUUGCAAAUUCCGAUUGGAGAAAGGAAAGCUUGGCGAUAGGAGUUUAACAAUAGGUGAUUUUUGCCCACGUCAUGUUUGUAUGCAAAAU